ACAUGACACGCAACGUCGUUCCAGCCAAAGGGAAAACCACAAGGACCAGCGGAAGCGCCAUUUUAUUUCCUCGACGGACGAUGCGGCGAAGGUUUCGCAGGGCGUCUGUUUCCUUAGUGGCGCUGCUUGUGCUGCUGCGUGAAGCCACGCCCCAAAACAUAUCGUCCGUGAUCCCUACACAGGGUGAGCCCGGCUUCCUCCUACCUUCCGCGGUGCGCGCCUCGGUGGCGCUCCGCAGGCGUCGAAGGCGCUUGAGCUGGGCAGGCCCGCCAGCACGCUGCUAAGGAACUGCGCCUGCGCAUGGAGUACACUUUCCGAGGGGGAUGAAGGGGUGUUCCAUCAAACUACCGGUCCCGGCAGCCUCCAGUGCUAGCGGGUCACGUUUUGGGCGAGGAACGCGUAAAAGGCAAACCCACCCCAGCCAUAUGGAGUGAGAGUGGCACAUGCGGCCCGGUGGCGCCUGCGCGGUGGGAUCCUCAGGAGACUUCUAGUCCCCGGAGUGGGUGUCGUAUUUCCGGCUUACCCGCCUCCUGUUUUGCCAGAAGGUCGAGGCACGUGGGUCUACCGCUGUGAGAAUCCGCUCAGGCGGAGAGGGCGGCGAAGCUUCUUCCCCCUCCUUGGCCGCAGCGUCUGCGGCAUUUAGGUUCUGGGGCACAACCUUUUUUGGAAUCUGCAUCCUCGAGCACGAAAGCCGAGCUCAGCAGGAUCGGUGGACGCGAAUACGAGGAUCGAACUGGUUCUUUAUAGCAAAAGUUCUCGGGCAGCAGGAAGAGUUAUGUCCAGAUCUUGUAGAACUUUGUACAAUUUCUAUCAGCCAGUCACAGUGUUAGAGUGAUGUACUAAUAGAUUCACGGCAAAGAAAGGGGAGCAAUAAAGAAGUAAUUGGGCGGUAGAAGAUCCACCUGGAAACAAGAGGGAACAACCUUAAAUCUGCACUCCAGCAGAUCUGGGAAUGGCGAGGAUGCUAGAAGAGAAAUGCUACUUGGAAACUGAGUCAGCACACUCUUAAGGUGCUUGCAUAGAGGAAUGUGGAACAAGGCCUCUUAUGGAUGAGAAGGCAACAGCGAGUCGUAUUAAAGGUGGACAUGAUGCUGAGGUUGGGGCAUGGCCGUGGCAAGUUAGUCUUCAAUAUUAUAUCAUUGGUAUAGGAUAUCACCAUAUAUGUGGUGGAUCUUUAAUUAGUAACAACUCAGUGUUGACAGCAGCACACUGCGUAAAAGAUUGGGAGAACCCAACCUUUUGGAGAGUUAUGAUUGGCAUGCAUAAUCUUUAUAAAUACAGCUUUCAUGCUGUAAAGCGUCGAGUCAGAACUAUCACGAUCCAUUCUGAUUAUGAUUCGGAGACCUUUGAAAAUGAUGUUGCCUUGUUUAAGCUAAUACGAUAUAUAAAAUAUAAUAACUAUAUUCAGCCCAUCUGCUUACCUGACAUUUUGACUAUGGAAUCGUACCGAUGUUACAUAACUGGGUGGGGAAAAUCAGUAGAGGAAGGUAGAAUCAAAAUAAUAUUACAAGAAGCUCAAGUAGACAUUAUUCCACUGAUAGUGUGCAAUAGACAUAACUGGUAUGGAGGAACAAUAACAAAUAAUAUGCUUUGUGCUGGCUCUGCAAGUGGGCAUGUCGACAGCUGCCAGGGAGACAGUGGUGGACCUUUGAUGUGCUAUUUUCCAAGUACCGCUCAGUAUUAUCUGGUUGGAAUCACCAGUUUUGGGUAUGGUUGUGGCAGACCGAGACAUCCUGGAGUCUAUGUCCGUACCGUUAAUUACAAAAGCUGGAUAAAUUCACAUCUACCUGAUAAAACCACCACUUGUGAAGAUCCGCAUGCAGAGGAUGGAAAAGAGGAAGAUUUGUGCCUCUUCUGCCUCUUGGGAGUAAGUAAGCUUGGCUGCAGCCUGCCUUCUCUUGAAACUGGGGGCUCCCUUCGACAAAGCAGCUCAAUCCCUCUGGCCUGAGUCAAGAUAACCUGCUUAAUCUAUGAGCAGUAAGACCUGGCCAUGUAUUACUGGUGGGUAUGAUGACCUGUGCCAAUCACUCCCUACCUCUUUUAAAUUCUGCUGGAAAAAAACUUCCUAUGCAAAUUGAUGGAGAUAUCACUCUCUCUUUAACUUGUAUAAACUAUCUACAGACGUGCACAUGGGUAUAUCAGAGAUGUUUUACAAAAGUGACCUUUCAAGACCUACUUUCCAUGAUGAAGAUACAGUACAGUACAUGUGACUUCAGACUGUCCUACUUUUUAUUGCACAUCACAGUGGCAUGUACCACGGUAUGUGUUAUAAGCAAGGGAGACAGUGUUGUAUUCCAUAGUGUGCUCCGAGUGGCAACUGCAAAAAAAUGUCCACACAGUGAUGCCUCACGUUGAGAGGCGCAUCAGUGUGAAUCGCACCUAUCAAUUAGCACAGAGAUCAUGUCAGUUCCUGGUGCCAGGUGAGCAAUAGAACUAAAAAAUGGCUGCUAACACCAGAAGAGAAUGAUAAAAAAAAUCUGCUUUGUCAUACUAUUAUUACAUCUUCCCUUGAGCUCUGGCUUCUCUUCUUCCACAACUGCACCUUCCAUUUGGUCCCCAGCCUGUUACUCCCAGUCAUAAUCCCACUAGUGUCAUUGAGGCACAGAAGUCAAAAACCACACUCUGCAAAACAAGAUCCCCCAAAUGCAGCAGAUUUCUUACAUUUUGCAGUAAGUGAAAAAAAUAUGCACCAUAUAAAGAGGGGGGCACUUCUUAACACCAUUAAGUCCAACUUCACCACUGCAUAAUCUUUAUUGAAAAAUAUAGCAUUGUUUUCAGGAAAAUACUCAACCAUAUAUACUGUUAAGGACAAUUAUAUUAGGAAGGGAUACAUCAUAGAUAACUAACAAAAUAGGAUUUGAGACGGCUUUGAGAUUGAUAACAUACUGGAUGUGCACAUGUAGUUUUUUGGGGGGGCUAGUUUUCUGUAUGGUCAUUGUAUUUCAGUAUUGUAAUAAAAGUAUUUUUAAAAAAAUCUUUUUUUUCCCCCUUAAUGCUGCAAGCCUAUGUCUAAGAUAUUUGGGAGGAAGCCCCACUGAGUUAAAUGGAGUUAACUUCAAAGGAAAUAUGCAUAGGAUAAAGCUGAACAGGGAUGCCAACAGAAUUUUCUGGUUCCAGUAUUCUGUAUGUGGAGAGCCUAAUGCCUUACUCAGAAACUGGGACACAAAUUGGGGUAGGGGGGCACAGACACCAGAAAGAAAUGAGAGGGGCACAGAAGUGGCAAAAUACAUUUCUAGGUUGGUGAACUGUAUUAGGUGGGGUGGAUGAGCUUGUUUUGAGGGUUGCUUACCCUCUGGUGCAGCCUAU